UUGCCUCUCAGCAACUCCAAACAAAAGAGCAGCCUUGGAGGUAUUCGUUCCACUUUGGGGAAUGUCACAGCGUAACAGUCGGGUCGGACCUAGACUCCAGAAAUUGUGAAUUAUGCCACUCGCUCAUACCUCGUGAUCCUUGUGACUUGUCCGACUUGUCCUGUGCUCUGGUAUACUGGUAUCACUAUUUAUCGUUGCUGGCAAUGCUUAGGGUAGGCUUCACAAGCUUGCGUAUUCCGCUUCGGAGUUGGCCUCAUGGCACUGUGAAAUACCUCUCUCGAUCCGCACCGGCGAAGCCAUCAUCUUUGCCUCCAAGAAUCUCUAGUAUACUCGAAUCGCGCUGGACACAUGGUUCGCUGACUAGAAGUCGUUCCACCUCCUCUGCGGCGACUAGAGAAGUAGUUUCUUCGGAGCAGCUGGGCGUCACAGAACCUAGAGUUCACAGUGAUAUCCCUAUUGCUAAUGCUGAUGAGCAAAAGGUAUCCAUCCUGUGGGGCCCACAGCAUUGGUCUAGAUUUCACCAUAUCUGGUUGCGCGACCACUGCAGAUGCCCAGACUGUUUUCACCCAAUAACAAAGCAGCGACUGCUCAACACAUUCGAGAUUCCAGCUGAUAUCAAACCUAUACACGUACAAGGCUCCACAGAUGGCCUCGAAGUUGUCUGGCCUGGAACUAGCACCGAAUCUCACUCGUCGGUAUACCCAUGGACAUGGCUACAAGCCCACACAUACGAUCCAGCUGUUCAAACAACGCCAAGCCGGAAAGUCCUUUGGGGAUCAAAGAUUGAGAAGUCUCCACCCUCUGUGACUUAUACCGAGGUCAUGGAUGACCAGGGACUGCAUAAGUGGCUAACGAACGUUGAAACAUUUGGCUUUUGCUUUGUCUCAGGGGUCCCCGCGACGCCUGAGGCCACAGAAGAACUUUGCCAACGUAUCGGUUUCAUAAGAGAGACACAGUAUGGGAAGUUUUGGGAGUUUACUGCUGACCUUUCUAAGGGAGACACCGCGUACACCACAAUGGCACUAGGAGCACAUACUGAUAACACUUAUUUUACUGACCCUUGUGGUCUUCAAAUUUUUCAUCUCCUAUCACAUACUGAAGGCUCCGGAGGAGCAACGCUUCUCGUAGAUGGUUACUAUGUCGCCGCCCUUAUGAAAGAGCUACAUCCGAAGUUCCAUGAUCUUCUUUCCCGUGUGCCCAUUCAAGCCCAUGCAGCAGGAGAACCGUCAGCACUGUACACUCCGAGUCCCCCUGCAAUGUACCCCCCGCUACGAUAUCACCCGAGCACCAAAGAACUCGUGCAGGUACGGUGGAACAACGAUGAUAGAAGCGUGAUGAGUCACUUGCUACCCGACGAAGUGGAGGAAUGGUAUCAAGCGAUCAAGAUUUGGAACGAACUCUUGACGAAACCUGAUUCAGAGUAUUGGGUCCAACUCAGUCCCGGCACUGUAUUAACGAUUGACAACCAUCGCGUGCUUCAUGGCCGAUCCGCUUUUGACGGUAAGCGCCGCGUGUGUGGUGCCUACAUCGGCAUAGACGAAUACCGUUCGAAGCUUGCUGUCCUUAAGGAAAAAUUUGAUGGCGCCGAUGACAACAACCAGAACAAGGCAUGGAGACCUGAGUGUGGCAGAAGCAUUUGGAACGCCAAUCUAUGAUUCGAGGGCUAUUCAUUGAGACUCUGGUUCUUCACGAAGGUUUGAUAUUCAUUAUGACUACCCAUAACCGUACGAGUGAGGUAUGUAUGCAAAUCUAUCAAUUUCAGAACGUAGCAUCGGAAUACAUUUAUAUGCUCCCAGCUCA